UCCCCUUCCUCCCCAGCCUGGGGGGCGGGGCCGAGCCGAGAGCUCCCUUGACAGCCCGCCCGGGCCGGAGGGAAUGCCCUGCACCUUUGGGAAAGGGGGCCCUCGCCGCCGUCGCAGCAGCCGCAGCCGCAGCCGCAGGUUCGGGGCCGGAGCCCCCGGCGGCCCGGAGCCCUGGCCCUCCUCCAGCCCCGGAGGCAGAGGUGAGGGAGGGCGGGACGGCCCUGCCAUGUAGCUGCUGCGGACAGGUUCUCGGAGCCUGCGGAGCGAGCGCGCGCUCGGAGAUGGGCGCUUACUGGUCUGGCCCGGCUGACUCCGCUUCCAGAGACCCCUUUCGGUGUUCUGAAUGUCAGGAUCCCCUCACCAGCUGGUACUAUGAAAAGGAUGGGAAGCUCUACUGCCACAAGGACUACUGGAGGAAGUUUGGAGAGUUCUGCCAUGGCUGCUCACUGCUCAUGACCGGCCCCGUCAUGGUAGCUGGAGAAUAUAAGUAUCACCCAGAAUGCUUUGCCUGCAUGAGCUGCAAGGUGAUCAUUGAAGAUGGAGAUGCCUAUGCCCUGGUUCAGCAUUCCACUCUGUACUGUGGGAAGUGCCACAAUGAGGUGGUGCUCACGCCCAUGUUUGAGAGGCUGUCCACAGAGGCUGUCCAUGACCAGCUACCUUAUUCCGUUACACUCAUCUCCAUGCCAGCCACCACAGAAGGCCAGAGGGGCUUCUCAGUGGCCGUCGAGAGUGCCUGCUCUGACUAUGCCACCACAGUGCAAGUGAAAGAGGUCAGCCGGAUGCACAUCAGCCCCAACAUCCGAAAUGCCAUUCACCCUGGGGAUCGGAUCCUGGAGAUCAACGGGACCCCCGUGCGAACCCUGCGGGUGGAGGAGGUGGAGGACGUGAUCGGCAAGACAAGCCAGACCCUUCAGCUCUUGAUCGAGCAUGACCCUGUCUCCCAGCGUCUGGACCAUCUUCGCCUAGACGCCCGCCUUUCCCCUCACAUGAAGACUGUCAGGGCCCCCCAUGCCAUGAGCACCCUGGAGGUUAAGGAGAACCUGGACGGGACGCUGCGGAGGCGGUCUCUCAGGCGCAGUAACAGCAUUUCCAAGUCUCCAGGCCCCAGCUCCCCAAAGGAGCCUUUGCUGCUGAGCCGAGACAUCAGCCGCUCCGAGUCCCUGCGCUGCUCGAGCAGCUACUCUCAGCAGAUCUUCCGGCCCUGCGACCUGACCCACGGAGAGGUCCUGGGGAAAGGCUUCUUCGGCCAGGCCAUCAAGGUGACCCACAAGGCUACCGGCAAGGUCAUGGUCAUGAAGGAGUUAAUUCGGUGUGACGAGGAGACACAGAAGACUUUCCUUACGGAGGUCAAAGUCAUGAGGAGCCUGGACCACCCCAACGUGCUCAAGUUUAUUGGGGUCCUCUACAAGGACAGGAAGCUGAACCUGCUGACAGAAUACAUCGAGGGGGGCACCCUGAAGGACUUCCUGCGCAGCGUGGACCCGUUUCCCUGGCAACAGAAGGUCAGCUUUGCCAAAGGAAUUGCCUCCGGGAUGGCAUAUCUGCACUCCAUGUGCAUCAUUCACCGAGAUCUGAACUCCCACAACUGCCUCAUCAAGCUGGACAAGACGGUGGUGGUGGCUGAUUUUGGGCUCUCGAGGCUCAUCGUGGAGGAGAGGAAGAAGCCCACCCCGGAGAAGGCUUCCGCCAAGAAGCGCACCCUCCGCAAGAGUGACCGCAAGAAGCGCUACACCGUGGUGGGGAACCCUUACUGGAUGGCCCCCGAGAUGCUCAAUGGAAAGAGCUAUGACGAGACGGUGGACGUCUUCUCCUUUGGAAUAGUUCUCUGUGAGAUCAUUGGGCAGGUGUAUGCAGACCCUGACUGUCUCCCCCGCACACUGGACUUUGGCCUCAACGUGAAGCUUUUCUGGGAAAAGUUUGUGCCCACAGACUGUCCCCCGGCCUUCUUUCCCCUCGCUGCCAUCUGCUGCAAACUCGAGCCGGAAAGCAGACCCCCAUUCUCAAAACUGGAAGAUUCCUUUGAAGCACUUUCCCUUUACCUGGGAGAACUGGGGAUCCCCCUCCCCUCAGAGCUGGAAGAGCUGGACCACGACGUGAGCGCGCAGUACGGGCUGAGCCGAGAGCCCUUGUCCUAAGCUCUUCCCCGGGCCGCCAGCGGUGUGGACAGGAACGAGGCGCCCAGCCACCUGGAGGGCAUUAGGACAAGGCACUGCCCGUCUGGAGCCGUGGCACAGCCCUCUGCAAGUGGAAGAAGCCGUUCUCUGCUACCUCCUCCGGAGGAAACCGUGCCCGACACUACUGCUCAGGAGAUUCAUCUCUGGGGCACGCGGGGUGCCUCGUCCCCAUCUCCAAACGCAACCCUCCACUGCAAGCUGUGAAGCGACGCCCGGCUCCUCAGCCAGGGAGAAUCUGGGACUUUGGGAGUAGCUGGGGACGGGCCGUCCACACCCGCCCUGGGAAGAAUCCAGAGGGCUGGGAUUCCUCCCCUCCUGGGCAGAGGCCUGAAGCAGCCUCUCCCCCGAAGAGGCCUCAACUGGCCUCUGCCACCCUAGACGUGUGCGAGCAAAGCGUGCCUGUGGUGCCAGCUAGCAAGCCCCAGCCUGCCCCGCCGCCCCUCUGGGGAAGGGCCCAGGGACCACAGCAUCACUUCUCGGAACCUAGAACGUGCUUUACGGCAGGCAGCCAGAAGGGAGAGGGAACGAGGGUGGAUGGGCCCCAAGCUAGCGAGGGUGGACGUUCCCUGGUACUGGGCAUCUCCACUCCGGUGGGCACCCUCGCCCGGCUCAGCGGGGGGGCUCUAGUCGCCCCUCUUCUGAGGGAUGGGGGGGAGAAGAGCAGGGAGCCCCGAAGCCAGGCUGACCCGCCACCCCCUGCCCUUUUCCCAGCCAUCCUGGAGCGAGCCCAGACCCAGAAAGGAAUCCCGAGGAGCAGCCCCCAGACAGCUUCAUGUGGCUCUAAGCCCUCCCCAAGACGCAUAAAGGGGCGGCCGGGGGCUGUUCGCUUCUGUUGGCCCCAUUGACAGAAAUCUGUGAAAUAAUGUACGUAGUCUGAGGAAGGCUGGAGCUGCUUCUCAUCUCCAGACUCGAGUUUACUUUUUUCCCUACUGAGCUGGGUAGUACCAGCUGUGGCCUCCUCAGUGGCAGGAUGUGGCGGGCCUGACGGAGGAGGACCCUCGGGAGGUCCGGGACGGUCAGUCAGGUGAGAGGAAGCGGGCCGCAAGCAUCCUUCCCCUGGCAGGCCAAGAACCCAUGUUUGUGGUGGGUGUAAAGAGGGGAGCCCAUCCCGGCCAUGGGGCCAACUUAAUAAAUUAAGCAAUAAAUAGAGUUGAUGGAA